AUGCUCUCAUUCCAACAGGUUGUGAACUUCACUCAAAACACUUUGAGCUCUAUGCCCCCGGGCUACUUGCCCAAAUGGCUGCUUUUCAUUUCCGUUGUGUCAGUAUUCAACUCAAUCCAGACAUAUGUGUCAGGUUUGGAGCUAACUCGUAGAGUUUAUGAACGUAAGCCUUUGGAAACCACAAAGCUCAGCGCGAGAACUUUUGGAACUUGGACUUUUAUCAGUUGCGUGAUACGCUUCUACGGAGCAAUGUUUCUCUAUGAAGAGCACAUCUUCCAAUUGGUGUGUAUCUCGUACCUAGUUGCUUUAUUCCAUUUCGGAAGCGAACUGUUGGUGUUCCGCACUUGCAAGCUUGGAAAGGGGUUCAUGGGACCUUUGGUUGUGUCGACCACGUCUCUACUCUGGAUGUACAAUCAAAAGGAGUUUUAUACCGGAAAGCCAUGGUAA